GGAUUGUUAUGAAAACUUGGUACUUUCAGAAAGCUGAGCCCGAAAGAUGUACAAAAUGUGUCUACAGUGAAAGACAGAGGUAUGACGGAUGGUUCAACAACUUGGCUCAUCCAGAAUGGGGUUCGAUAGAGAGUCAACUUGUCCGGAAAACACCUCCUUCGUAUGUAGACGGGGUAUAUAAGCUCGCGGACAAAGGCAGGCCUAGUGCUCGAGCGGUCAGCCAGGUAGUGUUUAAGGGUGAUGAUGGGCUACCAUCAGAGCGGAACUUGACAGCCUUAUUUGCUUUCUUUG